AUGUCGGGGCUCCACAGAGAUGGAUUCAGCAACCCCGUGAAGAAGGCAUUUUCUCCAUGUUUUGCUCGAGAGGGCUGUCAAUUAGCCCCUAGCACAAUUGAAAUUAUGAGCGGUCGUCGAAUGCCGCUCAGUUGUGAGCCUUGUCGGGAGCGAAAGAUCAAAUGCCCUCGGAAUGACAAUCGUGGCAAGGACCCCUGCGAGACAUGCGUCCGCAGAGGGAUCCCGUCGUCCGAGUGUGUAUAUCUCAGAGAUCAAUGGCAACGAAGGAGGAAUUCCGCCGCGAUUCCAACACCAGGGAAUGCGGAAUUAGUAGCAAGGAUCGAAAGGCUGGAGGAAAUGCUGCGUCAGAGUGUCUCCGCCACCGCCCGACAGCCUCUCAUAGAACCUGAUUCCAACCUGCCUUCACCGGAGUCGACCUUGCCUCACUCAAGCGGUUCUCUCUCUGGCCGGAAUGAUAUUUAUACAGUGGGAAACCUGGUGUCUUUGAAAGUCCCCCCGGCCGGUGUCAUUGUCCGAUUCGAAUCGGGACACGAACGGUUCGAGCCUUCAUCAUCUGGAUGGGCUUCGAAUCUGCAAGACAACCCCAAAAUGGGUGGAAUCAAAACGAACAUUGAGGGGGGCGACGGUGGACCUUUCCCCUUUUCACCCUCCCGCGCAGAUAUAACCGAACUUCUUGAUCUGUUGCCGCCAACCUCAUAUUGCGAUGAACUAAAGACUACAUUCUUUGCGGUAUUUGCGCCUCUCUUCCACAUCUUGCACGAUCCCACAUUCGAAACUGACUACCGGCUUUUCCAAUCCGAUCCCGAGAAAGUAUCGCUGUCAUGGCUGGCUCUGCUGUUUGUCAUUCUGAGCAUAGCUGUCACUGCACUCCCGGAGGACAGUCCUCUUCUCCACCAACUUGGUUAUCGAAAGUCGGCGCUUGAGAAUACAUCUCUGAUUAAUAGUCGAUAUCGAGCCGCAGCUAUGAGGUGUCUUGAUGCUGAUCAUUACCUCUGGAGACAGAAUCUUUAUACUCUCCAGGCCAUGGUUCUGUUAAUAUACGGCAUCAACCACACACAUGGACAGUCGUGGGCCCUACUGGGAACAGCUCGCAACAUUGCACUAGCACUUGGCUGCCAUGUUGACCCUACCGUCUUCCAGAUGGAUCGGAUUCGGGUGGAGGAGCGACGCAGGUGCUGGGCUGGUCUGAACAUGCUUUACACAAUCCAGAAUACGACCCUUGGAAAUCUAGAUUCGACACAAACUGCUUCAAGUGUGAAACCGCCACUCGACGUCAAUGACGAUGAGCUAGUCGCUGGGAUCGAGAUUCAUGCAUCUCGAGGUGGGCCGACACAAAUGUCAUACCUGCUACUCAAAUUCGAUCUCUAUCGGUUGUGCAAUCGUAUCUGCAGUGAGACUUUUGGAUCGCUCCAUCCGCCAUCAUACAAUCAGAUCUUAGACCUCAACUCAGAGAUUUCGACAUUCCAAGAGAUACUAAACUGCAAGUACUUGUUUAACUCGACUCAGCCGAUGUAUCACGCAGCUCAGCUAAACAUACUUUUUGGGUACUCGCACCAACUCAGUCUCCUGUUACAUCGACCGAUCCUACAAUCCCGGGCUCAAGGUCGAUUUUCAGAGCAAAAUGUAUUGUCGUCACGGGGCCAAUGUAUCGAAAGCUCAAAAGCACUACUUGAGAUUCAUCGCACGCUUCACGAAGACCAAGCUUUUAAACCGUACCGAUGGUAUAAUCGGGGCUUAGGAAGCUUUCAUGCUUUCCAUGCGGCUGUUUGUCUAGCACACAUUUGCAUCAGCUUCGAUUUAGAUGCAACAGCAGCGUACUCCUUACAUUGCGAUGUUCAGGAUUGUUUGGAAAUAUUCGAGCAGGUCGCGAAGAGUGGGAUGAGCCCUAUAUGCCGGAAGGCAAUACCGGUACUGAAAAAGCUGCUAGAAAUCAUGAGCACGCCCGCCGGAAACGUAGACAAGUUUGCAGUGCUGGGGAGUCAACAUGGCCAGGACUUGGGCUUUGAUGGAAACUCGCUGAGAGUCAUGGGAGAUUCUGUUGAAAGCUUAGCGCCACAGCAAUGGCUUUCACCCUCGACAAUGGAUUGGGAUGAUUGGGAAUCUUUUCUUGGAACAAACUCUCUUGUAAAUAGUACCUAA